AUGUUGAGCGCCGGCACCGCGUGUUACCGGGACGUGAUGGAUCGCCUCUCGCAGCGGCUGGCGCUGCUGCUUGUGGAGGCGGAGGCGUACGUUCAACAGCGGCAUCUUUACGGCGAGGCGGAGGCGUUGCAUGCGGCGGCGGCGGCGGCGGAGCCGCAGGUCUCCUUGCAGCCCUGCCCCCUCCUCUCGUGGCCGCCGCUGCGGGUGAGGCAGCGCGUGGACGCCCUGCGGGCGCAGCUGAGCGAGCGGAAGGAGUUGCAGGAAACGAUGCGCAACGUAGACGCCUCCAUGCGGCUGCUGCGGCAGGAGUUCCUUCUCGUCGACGUGGGUGCUGCCGCCGCCUCCUCACACCUGCGCCGUGACGGCUACGGCGCGGACGCGGAGCUCGGCCGCCGCACAGUUGCCGAUGGCUCCAAACAUGACAGCCGCGGCGGCGGUGGAGUGGCGGCGCAGGAGGAGGCGGUUCGCCGGAUCGUCUGGCUGCACCAACAGCUCCGUUGCCACAAGGAGGACUUCUGCGAGCUGCGGAAGCGGGCCUCACACACACACGAGCGCCUGCACCAGCAGUUUGAGAGAAUAGCGGACGCGUGCGGCAGCAUUUUUCGCGCCACUGCGUACAACGGCGAUGGGAACAGCGAAGACAUGCAGGGGAAUAAUGGUGACGGCAAUGCCAGGACAACGGCGGAGGCGGCGGAUCCUGCCGAACUGCAUUCGCUUUGUCGGCGCAACGGGGAGCGUGCACGGCGCCUGCAGUCCCGGCUGCAGCGUGUACUGAGCCUCUACCGGCAGGUGGUUGCCCGGACCAACCGUGAGCUGUGCCGCGUGGAGCUUGAGGUGCAGGCGAUGGAGCGGCAGUCGCCUCACGCAGAAGAGUUGGCGCUCCCGCACUAUGGCGGCGGCGGCGGCGGCGGAUGA